AUGUCGUCUUCUUCGUCUAAAGAAGAAUACGUGUUGCACGAUGUUGAGAAACAAGAGCUCUCGAAGACUCAGUUCGAUGAGGUUCUGGAAGAAGAGCCAGUGAUUGUAGAAACCACUGAGGUAACUAAAUUGUCAUGGGUCGAUCAUUUGGCUUCCAAAUUACAUGCGGAAACCAAGGGUAUCGAACCAAUCACAGAUGAUGAGAAGGACGAUGAUGAUAUUCUAAACGCUGCUUCUAUGUGGCUUUCCGCUAAUUUGGUUAUUGCAGCCUUUUCUUUAGGUUGCAUUGGUACUUCUGUAUUCGGUUUGAACUUUGGUGAAGCCGUCUUGGUUAUUGUUUUCUUUUCGUUCUUAGGUCUCUUACCAGUGGCUUUCUUCUCUGUGUUUGGUGCUGAGUUGGGUUUGAGACAACUAGUAUUGUCGCGUUUCUUACUAGGUAACGUCACUGCCAGAAUCUUUUGUUUCAUCAAUAUCAUUGCUUGUGUCGGUUGGGGUGCUGUUAAUACUAUCGCAUCUGCAAGUUUGCUACAUAUCGUUAACCCAAGUGGUCCUGACUGUCCUCCAUGGGCUGGUUGUUUGAUCAUCAUAUUCGGUACUAUUAUAGUUACUUUCUUUGGUUAUAGAGUCAUUCAUGCAUAUGAAAAAUGGUCAUGGGUUCCAAAUUUUGCUGUCUUCUUGGUUAUUAUUGCUAGAUUGGCGAAAGCGGGUACUUUUACUGCAGGUUCUUGGGGUUCUGGAUCAACUACUGCUGGUGGUGUUCUUUCAUUUGGUAGUUCCGUUUUCGGUUUUGCUACCGGUUGGACUACUUAUGCUUCGGAUUACACGGUUUACAUGCCAAGAACCACCAAUAAGAAAAAGGUCUUUGCAGCUAUUGUGCUCGGUUUGGCUUUCCCACUAUGUUUCUCGAUGAUUUUGGGUGCUGCUGCUGUUACUGGUACACGCACCAACGAAAGAUGGGCUGAAUUGUACGACAAAUACUCUGUUGGAGGCCUAUGUUACGCCAUUUUGAUUGAAGAUUCCCUAUGGGGUUUUGGUUCUUUCUGUUGUGUUGUGUUGGCUCUUUCUACAAUUUCUAACAACAUUCCAAACAUGUAUUCUAUUGCUUUGGGUACGCAAGCCCUAUUUGAACCAUUAGCUAAGGUUCCUCGUGUGGCUUGGACCAUUAUCGGUAACUUGGUUACUUUAGCAAUUGCUAUCCCUGCUUACUACAAGUUUGAAACCUUCAUGACCACCUUCAUGGAUUCUAUUGGUUACUACUUGGCUAUUUACAGUGCAAUUGCUUUAUCAGAACAUUUUAUCUACAGAGGUGGCUUCAAGGGCUACAACGUUGAUGACUGGGACAGAUGGGAUAAAUUACCAAUCGGUUAUGCUGGCACUUUUGCGUUAUUUAUUGGUGCUUUCGGUGUUGCCUUCGGUAUGAACCAAAUAUACUGGCAAGGACAGAUUGGUAGAUUGAUCGGCGAAAACGGUGGUGAUAUUGGUUUCGAAUUGGGUGCUGGUUUCGCCUUCAUCACUUAUAACAUCUUUAGACCAUUGGAAAAGAAAUAUGUGGGACGUUAA